AUGGUCUUCCUGCAGAGGUGCCUUAGCUCAGGAAUCUCCACCAUGAAAGAGUUCAUCACCUUGAAAAAGGAGAGGCUCUUCACAAUCCUCUUCUUGAUGAGCCUAGGGGCUUUCGUUGGUGCCUUCUGUGGGUCCUCCAUGCUGAUGUGGAUGCUGUGGACAUCGGAUGUGCCACAGGAAGUUCAGCAAAUGAGAGAAGCAAUUUCUGCAGUCACACAGGCAUCUGGCUGGGCUCUGAAAAACACAGGGACUGCCAUCAACCUGCAGAGAUCAUCCAGCAGCUCUGCAUGGCUCUGCAGCGUGUUCUGGUUCCUGUGUGCUCCACCCAUUCUGGAUACCUUUGUGCAGCCCGAUUCUUCCCCGGGAUACUGCUGGCCUUUCCAAGGGUCUCAGAGUGAGGUGCUAAUCCGGUUGCCUGCAAAAAUACGACCAGCGGCCAUCACCGUACAGCACACCUUAAAGAUAGACGCUCCGCUGAGGACUGUCAGCAGUGCUCCGCGAGAUUUCACCGUCUCUGGACUGGAUGAAGGCGGCAAAGACGAAACUCUGCUUGGAACAUUCACUUAUGCUGCGCAGGAAGAGCCAGUCCAGACCUUCCCUUUGCAGGAUGAGAUGAGAGACUUUAGGUUUUUGAAGCUUGUCGUACAGAGCAACUGGGGAAAACCAGGAUACACUUGUAUUUAUCGAGUGCAGGUGCACGGGAAGAUGGAUGGAACCAGUGCCAUCAGGCAGAUUCCAGGUGUAAGGAACUUGCUUCAAUAA